AUGAGUCGUACAAUUCAAGCUCGCAGUCUCUCUUUUUCCCUCAACUAUACAUGCGUCAUGAAUACCGCACGUAUGACGGCGCUGACAUCGCAGUGUGCGAUAUCACAAAUGUAUGCGUGCUCGUGCGUGUGCGUCACGAUUCGCGGGUGAUCACAGGCGCACACACAAAUCUGGAUCGUCGUGAAACGCAGGUUCACGACGGUGUCGUCGGUAUUUCUCAGUUCGAAGACGAUCUUGCGCUUGCUCGGAGAAAGAGAGAAGACGGAAGAGAGGGAACGAAAAAAGUGAAAGUGCAUAGAUAACGAAUACGCGAUCUGUUUACGCACUGCAGACAAUAAUACACGUGUGCAUAUAUGUGUAUGUGUGUGUUUACAUGCACAUCGGUCUCAUUAUCACUCGAAUGAUACGUAGAUGAGUUUUAUUCAGCUCGUUGGGACGCACCCGAUCCACUCGAGGUACGCUGCGAUCUGACAGAGGUCGUCAUGCAAUCAUGAACACCGAGAGCGGCAACAACGAUAGCGGCGUCAGCGGCAGCGUCAGUGACGAACUGCGCGAUAGUGGCAAACCCGUCCUGCCGAGGCAUGGCAAUGUCAUCCACAAGUUCCACAACGGCAAGCAAAUUGCGAACUGCGUGCGCAAAAUGAGCGCGAUGCCGGAAGAGGAGGACAUUGCGUCCGACGACACGGAGUCGAACGUGACCAGGAACGGCCGUCAUCAGAAACAUUCCGAAGUCGAAUCCACCGAGUGGUCCUCGGAGGAGAGAGGUCACCUGCUCAGUUCCGCACGUGGAAUCAUCGUCGCGCCUUCGGCGGGAACGGAUGCCGUGAGAAGGACGAUCGCUAGUCGCGAUGACAGUCCCGAGAACGUGGUUCGGAACGGCAGUCAUCGUCAUCGUUGGCCGCGAUCUCGGCCGUUGACGAUCGACCAGGUCGAGUCCGGAUCGAGUUCGGGUCGCGACAACGGAAUCCCGCAGAGUCCUGGCGGACUGAGCUUCAGGAGCAUCGAUCAGCCGUACCUGGUGCGACAUCAUCAUUGUCUUAACGCGCGUUCGCCGAGGAUCUCCAACUCUGCCAUGGACGAGAGCCAGCUGCGCUGUUCCUGCUGUCACCAGUCACCUACCUGGCCUUCCAUCCUCUACUCGGACUCCAACGGGAGUCAUCAAGCUCCCCGUUCGUUUCCCGACACGAUAUCGAUCAAGUCUCUGGCGUCGAUCGGCCUAGGCUCUUCUGACGGCCGGAAACUGACAAUACGUAGAGUUCCCACUUCGCCGUCGGAGCUGCUUAACGUGGUACAUCCGCCGCCUUUCGAGGACGAUCUUUCCACGUGUGCUAGUUAUGACGGAGAUGCGGAUGAUUUUGGUGAUUAUCGGCAACCCAGGAGGGCCCACUGGGAGAAUAAAGUGCAAUUUGUGUUGGCCUGCAUAGGCUAUUCCGUUGGUCUCGGCAAUGUCUGGAGAUUUCCUUAUCUAUGUUACAAAAGUGGCGGCGGUGUGUUCCUCGUGCCUUACUUUUUAAUACUCGUAGUAUGCGGAGUACCAUUGCUAUACAUGGAACUCAGCAUCGGACAGUUCACUCGUCGUGGUCCAAUCGGCGCUUUGGGUCAAGUGUGUCCGUUAUUGAAAGGAGCUGGUUUAUCGUCGGUCGUGAUAUCAUUUCUGAUGUCAACCUACCAUAAUGUGAUAAUAGCCUACGCAAUUUAUUAUUUCUUCGCGGCAUUCCGAGCGGAUGUCCCGUGGUCGCGUUGUGACAACUCGUGGAAUUCGCCGCGUUGUUGGUUGCCCAGUUAUGGAUCUAUCAAUAAUCGAACUCGACCAAACUUGACGAGAACACCAUCCGAGGACUUCUUCGACAAGAAAGUCCUGCAAAUCAGUAGCGGUAUCGAAGAGCCAGGGAUCUUGAGGUGGGAACUUGUGGCGUGUUUGAUAACCGCAUGGAUUAUGGUAUAUUUUUCUAUUUGGAAAUCUAUCAAAUCAUCAGCGCGUGUAAGAUAUCUUACGGCAACAUUACCUUUCCUUCUGAUCAUCGUCUUUCUCACGCGUUCUCUCACUUUGGAGGGCGCCUCGAAAGGUCUGCGAUUCUUUUUUCAUCCACGCUGGGAAUUGCUCGGCGAUGCCAAGGUCUGGAUAAACGCUGCAGCACAAGUCUUCAAUUCUGUAGGUAUCGCCUUCGGAUCGAUGAUAUGUUUUGCGAGUUAUAACCGAUUUCACAACACGGUGUUGGUAGAUACCAUUGCUGUCUCGCUGAUAAAUGCCCUAAGCAGUCUAGUAGUCGGAAUAUUUUCUUUCGCCACAAUCGGCAAUAUAGCGCUGGAGCAAAACAUGUCCGUCGAAGAUGUUCUGACUGACGGACCUGGUCUAGUCUUCGUCAUCUAUCCGCAAGCGCUAGGCAAGAUGCCAGCUUCGCAAUUCUGGGCUGUACUAUUUUUCUUCAUGCUGGUCUGCCUUUCAUUGAAUAGUCAAUUUGCCGUUGUUGAAGUGGUCGUUACGUCGAUCCAAGACGGUUUCCCAAAAUGGGUGAAGCGUCAUCUUCUCUGUCACGAAGUGCUGGUUCUUGUCAUAUGCGUCGUCUCCUUCUUAUUCGGAUUGCCGAAUAUCACACAGGGUGGUAUUUAUUUCUUCCAACUGAUAGAUCAUUACGCAGCAUCGAUGUCUAUCAUGUUUUUGGCGUUCUUCGAAGUAACCGCUAUAUCGUGGCUUUAUGGCGUACGACGACUAUGUAAUAAUGUUAAAGAAAUGACCGGACACUUGCCCUCGAUGUAUUUUCGAUUCUGUUGGUUCCUCGCUGCACCUCUACUCAUAAUGGCUGUAUGGGUGUUCAGCUUAAUUGAUUACGAGCCACCAACUUACCACAACGGCGAUUACACGUAUCCAUGGUGGGCAGAGGCGAUCGGAUGGGGCAUCGCGUCUCUCUCCUUAAUUUGCAUUCCCGCUUUUGCCGUUUAUAUAUUCGUUCGAGCGGAUGGUGUCACGUUCGCCGAGAGACUCAAGAAUUCCAUCAAGCCGCAUUUCGAAGCGUGCAAAGUUUGCGGUCAGGAAUACUGCAUGGAGCCUAUGCACAAUUUGGAGGAAGACAUUCUCAAGGAACCUCAAACAGACGUGAAUACUUCCAUACAAUUAAAUUCGCAUUAUCUACUGAAGCCUCAGAUAUGAUAACGUAAUAGAUAAGAGCAAUUAAAUAAUUAUAAUUAACUCAUACCCAUAAAUUGAAAUUGUAUAAUAAUUAUCUGGAGGAAAAAUUAUUUAAAAUUGCAAAAGUCGUUUACUUACUUUAUUUUCAUCACAGAUCAUUACACCAAUUGUCGUGCGAUAGUUCACAUUCCACUAUUUAUAGCUCGUUACAAAGGAUAGCAAUUACUUGUAAAAGAGUCAUUAAAAUAGGAUCAUAUUUGUUAUUAAUGUGUUAUUCUACUACUGUAUAAACUAUUACUUUUUGCGCCAUCGUCAUGUGAUAGAUAUUACAGACCAUCACUGAUUCGAAAUAAAAUUGUAUGUAAAAUUGUAAUUCUGUAUAUAUCGCAAUCGCCAUGUGUAACAUGUAUAACAUUGUUAAUCAUAUAAUUUUAA